AUGUUCAACAACCAAGAGAAGAAGGGCGCCAAGCAGGCCGUCAGCACCAAAGCUGGUGCUGAGCGUCGCCAGCGUCAACUCAUGUCAGUGCGUCACAAGGUUCACGGAGAGGUGAUGAAGCACCUGCGCGCCGAAGAUCAGGAAGACCUUGCGAUGCUUGACGGUAACGGCGGUGUGGCGCAGGUAUCCAACCCGGAGGACGUCUGGUCGUACGACGCCAGGUCUACACCCGCUUCGGUGCCCUUGCAGCUCCUCCCAACCCUCGUGAACAUGUGCAUGAACGGACCGACAGACCGCGAGGUGUUUCAAGGCACACUGCUGAUCCGUAAGAUCCUUUCCGUCGAGAAGGACCCGCCGUACGAUGCUGUGACAUCGAGCGGCGUGGUGCCACACCUGGUGGGACUGCUGCAGCGCGAGGACUACCCGGAGCUGCAGUUUGAGUCUGCCUGGGCCCUGACCAACAUCGCUGCAGGCACGUCGGAGAACACAAUGAUGCUCGUCGCCUGUGGUGCGAUUCCACGCUUCGUGGCGCUGCUGGGGUCCCCGAACGCGGACUGCCGCGAUCAAAGCGCGUGGGCCAUCGGCAAUCUCUCUGGUGAGGGCGCGGCCUGCCGUGACGAGGCGCUGAGCCACGGCGCCAUGGCUGCACUGCUGAACGUGCUGAGCGUGAAGGAGCAGCCGAUUCAUGUUCUACGCAAUGCUACGUGGGCUGUGUCAAAUUUGUGCCGCUGCAAGCCACUACCGCCGCUGGAGCGUGUGGCAAUUGCACUGCCGACGCUGGUGGAUCUCCUCAACAGCUCCGAUGAUCAGCUCAUUGUGGAUGCGGCGUGGGGUAUCUCGUACAUCAGUGACGGCCCGGCAGAGCGGGUGCAGGCGGUGCUCGAGGCUGGCGCUGUUCCUCGCAUUGUGCAGCUCCUCUCCGUGCCGAGUACAAACGUGAAGCUGCCGGCAAUUCGCAUUAUCGGCAACAUCGCCGCCGGCACGGAUGAGCAGACGCAGGUUAUCAUUAACAGCGGUGCUCUACCGGCCAUGGCCGAGCUACUGCGCCACCCAAAGCGCGCGCUGCGCAAGGAGACGUGCUGGACCGUCUCGAACAUUGCUGCCGGCCAGGCGUACCAGAUCGAUGCGCUCGUGAACUCGAACGUUUGCAUCCCCAUCUUGGAAUGUCUUAGCGCGCCAGAGCUCGAUGUGAAGAAGGAGGCGGUAUGGACCAUUGCGAACAUCACUUUCUGCGGCUCAGUGGCGCAGGUGAAGUACCUCGUCAACAUCGGGGUCAUCCCGCCACUGUGCGAGGCGCUGCGCACAUACGACCCGAAGAUCGUGACGGUCGCGCUGGAGGCGGUGCAGUGCUUCCUCCAGGUUGGCGAGGACGAGAAGACGUCAGGCGGCAUGGAGGAGAACAUUGUAGCGAAGCAGGUGAUGGACUGCGGCGGUGUAGACUCAAUCGAGCAGCUUCAGACGCACGCUGACAAGAACGUAUACAACAUUGCGCUUCAGAUCCUGGAGAGCUUCUUCACGACGGAGGAUGAAGCGGGCCAGAUGGACAGUGCUAUGGGGGCUGGCAUGGUGGACUUUGCGCAGGGCAACCCCAACGUUGGUGGCGGCCAGUUUAACUUCUAG